CUAAUUCUCGUAGGAAUUUCGUGGUUCAAACGUAGUUGCGUUGUUUAAUAGAUUUCUUAAGUGUGCAUUAAAGUAAGGAGACCCGCAUGCAAGAUGAACUCCUCGGCAAAUAAUAAUCAAACCAAGACAAAAACGAAUCAAAAUAUUCAAGUUUACGUCCGAGUCAGGCCUCUAAAUGCAAGGGAGCGGACGAUACGUUCACAAGAAGUGGUGGAGGUGCAGGCUCCACGGGAAAUCGUCGUGAGGCAGUUGUUCGAUUCAAAGACAACAAAGAAGUUUACAUUCGAUCGGUCAUUUGGGCCCGACUCUCGACAGGCUGAAGUGUACCAUACCGUGGUGGCCCCACUAAUAGAGGAGGUCUUAGCAGGAUAUAAUUGCACUGUUUUUGCGUAUGGCCAGACAGGAACUGGAAAAACUCACACCAUGAUCGGCACCGAGAACCCCGAAUUGAAGUCGUCUUGGGAAGAUGAAUCCAUGAUUGGAAUAAUUCCUCGUGCUUUGAGUCAUCUCUUCGACGAGCUCCGCAUGAUGGAGGUAGAGUUCUCAAUGCGAAUUUCUUAUUUGGAAAUAUACAACGAAGAAUUGUGUGAUCUGCUUUCCUCUGACGAUACGACUAAAAUUCGCAUAUUCGACGACAGCACAAAAAAAGGCUCUAUAAUAGUGCAAGGCCUUGAAGAAAUUCCUGUUCAUAGUAAAGAUGAUGUCUACAAACUUCUGGAAAAGGGAAAGGAACGUCGUAAAACUGCGACGACAUUAAUGAACGCACAAUCAUCUCGAUCCCACACGGUAUUUUCAAUUUUAGUCCAUAUAAAGGAAAACGGCAUCGACGGCGAAGAAAUGUUGAAAAUUGGAAAGUUGAACUUAGUCGAUUUGGCUGGCAGUGAAAAUAUAUCGAAAGCAGGUAACGAAAAAGGAAUCCGCACACGGGAAACAGUCAAUAUAAACCAGUCAUUGUUGACUUUGGGCCGUGUCAUAACAGCUUUAGUUGAACGAACUCCUCAUGUUCCUUAUCGUGAGUCAAAGCUCACUCGUCUACUUCAAGAGUCUCUUGGUGGACGCACAAAAACCUCUAUCAUAGCUACUAUAUCACCUGGUCAUAAAGAUCUCGAGGAAACACUUAGCACUCUCGACUAUGCACAUCGUGCUAAAAAUAUCCAAAAUAAACCGGAAAUCAAUCAAAAACUGACUAAGAAAACGGUACUCAAAGAAUAUACAGAGGAAAUUGAUCGUUUGAAACGUGAUUUGAUGGCGGCACGUGAUAAGAAUGGUAUUUAUUUGGCUGAGGAGACAUAUAAUGACAUGCAGUACAAAUUGGAAUGCCAAAAUAAGGAACUGAAUGAGAAAGUGUUAUUGCUAAAAGUUUUGAAAGACGAACUGGCGAAUAAGGAGAAGAUGUUCAAUGAGGUUAGUUUACAUUUAAUUGAAAAGUCGAAGGAGCUAAUGGACACAGAAAAAACUCUGACAAAUACGAAAACAAGAUUGGACGAGACGAAAAAGGUUUUAACAAAGACAAAACAACGAGUAGAAGAGAAAAAGUGCUUGGUCGAAAGUCAUGUCAAAACCGAAAAAAUAUUAACAGAACAGGCUACUAAAUUGAUUGAAGUUGCUGAUGUUGCGACUUCCGACACCCAUCACCUCCACAACACCAUCGAACGCCGGAAAAAUGUGGAUGUGAUAAUCCAAUCAGCUUGCGAAAAGUUCGCUGGCAAAAUGGAAAAUUUAUUCGAUGAUAUGAAAGAGCAAUUGAACACGUUAACUAAAGAACAUAAAUCUUAUUCGCAGAUAAUCGCAGAGGAAAUAGGUAAAAAUUCCUCAGAGUGCAAAAAACUUUCAUCGAAUGCUACGAAUAAAAUCAACGCGAUAUCCAAACAAUGCAUGGAGUCGUUGAGUGAAACACAAACCUGUCGUGACAAAUACAGUGCACAAUUCGCGGAUGCAGAUUCAAAAUAUAGAGCAGUUUUCUAUGCGGCAAUGAAUGAAUUGAAGGGAAAAGAAAAUGAUUUCAAAUCGAUUUUGGAAAAACAUUUUACAGAAAUGUUAGAGUUAGUAAAUCAACAAAAUGCUGUUGUGACAAAUGGUUUCACGAAAGUUGUCGAAAAUAUUACAAAUCAUAAUAAAAAUGUGGUAGACUUCGUAGCGAAGGCAUCUUCAAGGCUGGGUGAGUUUAAGGAAAGCGUUGUAUCUAGUAUUGAAGAUGAUAUUGUGGCCGUGAACAGUGCUGUUGAGGCUUGUAAGAAAGUUGCUAGUGAUAGACAAACAGCUUUAGAGAAUUUCUUGAAGCAAAUGCACUCAUUUGAUGAGAAAGAGUCUAUGGAGAAAGAAAAAAUUAAAACAGUAGUAGGAAAUAUGGAGAGACUGAAUAAUCGAAUCGAAAACAGUAUCGAUUCUGAAAUCACGAUCGUGCAAACACUAAGGGAGGAGACUCAAGCAUCUUGUGAAGGCGUGAAGGAAACAACCUCAAAUAUACAAUCUGAAAUAAACGAUCUAGUGGGAAAAUAUUCAGAUUACACAAAAGUUAUAAGAGAGUCAGUGGUACAUAAUGCGGUCAAUAGGGAAAAUACACUUGCAAAUUUGGAAACUAUGACUGAGGAGCAUGUGAAUACCUUCGAAAAAGUAUUUGGCGAUUUUAAAACAGAUCAAGUUAAAAUAGAAAAUGACCUUAAACAGAAAAUGAACUCAGAAUGUGCUUGUACAACAGAUCUCAUUAGCAAAGCAUCCGAACAAAUAAUGCAUCAUCAAGCUCAAUAUCGGGCACUGAAUAAAUCUCUCCAAAGUAGUGUUCAAGACUAUUCGACGAAUUACGAUACAAAAAUGACAGAUUGCUUGAGUACUCUUCGAACCUUUAAAGAAAGCGAACUCAAGACUUACACACCUACCGGACAAACCCCGUCUCGAAAGGAAUUCUCAUAUCCGCGUUCUUUGGCUGCCACUUCACCGCAUGUUAAUAUCUUACGCCGUUUUAGACUAGAGAGAGAUUGCUCCGAUGUUGAUUCAACGACGACAACUAUUGCCGAAGACAGCGAAUUAAAUUUGGCCGAUAUUUCUUGUGAGGAGCUGGGAAUCAAUUCAACGCCUAUCAAGUCUGAUAUUGAAGUAACUGCUGAUACCAAAUUGAGGGACAUCAAAUCUGAAUUCAAUUAUCAAACUCCACCGCUUAGCAUUCUUAAUGAAAAGUCGCAGAGGUCGUGUUCAUCUGCUUCACAGUUUGACCAGGAAAACAAGGAGAACUGCAUAGUAUGAAUUCAAUGCCGUUGGCUCCACGUUAGCAUAGGUGUUAUAUUUUUAAGGAGAGUAAACUAAGUACGUACGGAUCUGUGUAUAUAGACUGCGUAUGCUAUUUCAAAACUUAUUUAACACAGAAAAGGAAAAAAAUAUUCGCUAGUAACUGAGCGCAAAAACGAUAACAAUAUACAUUUUCAUAUACACAGUAAAAAAUAUAUUAAAAAGCAUUUUUACUUUUAGUUCCAACAUUAUAUUUUAUUUUAAUGAAGUCGUUUUUAAAUAGA